CAUUGGUCACAUUGCCACGCCGGUGAGAGGCAAAAAGUUAACAAUUCGAGAAAAAGCUGUAACUCUCGAAGGAUAUGGAAGAUCUGGAACUGUAUUUGGUGGAUUCCCUAAAGGCGCUGUCCUUCCAAGGGCACUGCCAAAAUCAGGAUAAUCUGAGUCGUGCCCUGGACGCGGGUAUCGAAUGUCCGGACAUACGAGAGGUGGUUCAUUGGCUCGCCCACGAAUUGCACAUUUUACGGAAAACCGAUGAGCGCGUGAACCACGGCAAAGUGUUUAACAAAGAGUUUUCCUUCGAGCUGUCCCUGUUGCUCACGGAACUGGGUUGCCCGUACCGCGAUCUGGUGCAGGGAGCCAUAGAAGAGCGCUUCAAGAGCCGUAUGUCACUGGUGCAACUGCUGGAGUACCUCACAUCCGAACUGAUGACCACCAAGAUGGUUCUAAAAGCCCAGCCCGUGGGUCCACCCUGCAAACGCUCGAAGAUGGACACAAAUGUCCAACAGGUUGUCGAAAAUCUAGCCAAGGAUCUUCAGCUGGCCGAAGUGCCUAAGAACAUCAAUACCAAGACGCUUUUCGAGAAGAUAUCUCCCCGCUUGGAGCAGGCCAUUAAGCAAACCAAUCCCCAAGUGCUCAGCGAACCGCUGUUAAAGCUGAAGAAGCCCUUGACUGAUGCACAAUGGCAAGUGUUGGAGACCCUGCACCGAGAACUGGAGGCGGAGUACAAUCUGCGCCGGCAGAUGAUGUCUACGCGUCUGGAGGCCACCGUACAAAGCUUUCAGUGGUCGGAGUCUAUGCGUCAGCGCUCCAAUGAGAUUAUGGACCGAUUCAAUCGCAAGAUGAGGGAGCUGGAGCAGUUCAAAGUGGGCGGAAAGCAAACCGACUUGGUGGCCCUGUUGGCAGCUCGCUCAGAUCUGGCCAUCAUUGAGAAGACAAGCUCGGCGAAUGUGAGAAAGAACACGGCUUCCAAAAUCCAAAAGCAUGUGAUUGGUCGGGUACCCGAUCGCGGUGGCAGGGCCAAUGAGCAUGCUCCCCCGCCACCAGAGAUGCCCUCGUGGCAGCAGCAAAGGGCUAGUGGUCCUCCAGGUGGCGGACGCGGUGGAGGAGGUAAUUUCAGAGGAGGCAGGGGCGGCGGCGGCUUCGGUGGAGGAGGAGGUGGUGGCAACUGGCAGCAACCUCAGCAGCAGCAGCAGCAGCAGCAAUAUCAAAACCAAAGUUACCAACAACGUGAUAGAAAUGAUCAGCAAUGGAUCAGCGGGAGUGGCCGUGUGCAGGGUACUGGCUGGAAUCCAAACGGCGGACGUGACGGAGGAGGGCGUGAUGGCGGAGGACGAGACGGAGGAGGACGUGACGGAGGAGGACGAGGCAGAGGAGGUGGAGGAGGUCGCGGAGGAUACCGUGGCGGCUACCGAUGAUCCCUAAUUCCCAAAAAUGUAGACCAUAAACGACUGAUCCUCUUGUAAACUACUAAAAUUGCUCGUCUUUAGCGCACGCAUAACCCAGUUUAAUUUAUUGCGAAGUUUAACGAAUUUGUUUAUAAUUGCAAAUGGGCAGACAUUUAUAAAAUAAACUAUAUAUGCCAUCUAUUUGCCAGCAAA